UGUACAAAACAAAUUACCUUCUAUUUCCUGUUUUCAAUGGACUGUCCCUUUUAUUUAAAUCGAAUAUUCAUUAAAUUCUCGAAAAACAAAUAAUAAGCCUGGAAGACUAUGCAAAUAGAGCUUUCUACCCUCUGUCCUUUCCAAAGCAUUGCUUGAGUUCCAACCCUCAACAUGUUUUUUCUCCUCCUUCUUCUAUUUUCUUUUACAGGGUUGCUGCAGGCUAGAGAAGGAAGUUUAUUCGUCCUAGAGGAAGUCCCAGCUGCUAAUCUUAACCUCACUGCACACCCAGAAAGGAUUCCGUCUACGUUGCUCUGUAGCAUAAAAUGUCUCGGAGGAAAUGACAUGGGUAGCGAAUGCUAUGUGUUUUCUUACGAUAAUGCAACACAGACUUGUUCUCUUGGUAACCUAGGGGAACUUGAUAAUAGUGAGGUUGAUAAUACUACAACCCUAGUAUGGAAACAUAAAGGAUGCAUUGCUCCUGGUAAAAAUCCCCGGUAUGGAAGAUGGUACUGUGUCAUGAAGAUCAAAACAGAGCGCUGUUAUCUGGUUUGUAACCCAGGAUAUGUGCCAAAAUCGUAUAGAGGAUUGUAUUGUAAUUUCAUUGGUAACCGAGCAGAGUGGGGAAGACCAAUUAAGGAUUACAAAUGUCUGCCGACUAUUCCGGUCAUUCUUGGUGGAAAUGCCAUUCCCAGUAGUAAUAAAAUACAUACAUUUGGACCAGAUGGGCAAGUACAAUAUACUAAAGGCAAUGGAUUUCACUUUAGACAAUUUGUUGUUCAAUUCUUCAGGGGUAUGAUAACCUACUGUGGAGGAUAUUGGGUUAGCUCUGGUUGCUACGGAUUUAAUGACUUUGCUUUAGGUGGUACAAAUCUACAGAUACGAAUAGAUACAAGGAUAGACAGUGCAUCUGUUAUAGUUCAGGAUAGAUAUUAUAUAAUAGGAGGAGAUAAGGCAGCAGCUUGGGCACAGGCUGAAUAUAUUCUUGAAGAAGAUGGUCUUAGCCAUCCUGGAAUGCUAACCCCUGAAGUUACUGAAGAAGCCAGCUGUGCAAUGAGAUUCACAGACAAGUCCUUUAUAAACAUAUUAAAGGAGACGGUUACUGAAUAUGAUAUCAUUUCAGGUAAUUUGUAAUAAUAAAAGGAACAAUCUCAGAAGAUUGGCAUAAGGAGAGGUUCCAAAUUAGUUUGUGUUUCAACAUAAGGGGAUUUAAUUCCGUGCAAUUCCACGCAAUUACGCACUAUUCCAAGCAAUACAAGUGUAUUUGGGCGCAAUUCGAACGGAAUUCCAAUUGAAUUAAAUUAAAUGUA